AUGGAUGCUCAGGAAAGACUUAUCCAGCGACUUCACGUCCCGAAUUUGACGCAAGACAAAGUCGUCGAAAUCAUCAGCCGAUAUUUGACGCCGAUCGAGGCAAUUCCGAUAAUUGAACAGUUUUUAUCCGACGACUGGGUCACUAAUGCACAAGUGCUAUGGAGCGGCGUACCUCGCACGGUUGCCCAAGAAUGGGCCGAAGAUCACCAGAUGCAAACCCUGACUACCUCAAUGGGCCCUUUAAUGAAACCAGAAUGCGCCCAAUGCCGCAGGACGGAGCUUACUUCUAAAAAUUGGAGUCAUUAUGUUCAUGGGGCUUCAGCAAUCUUCGCGUGGCGCAUAUCUGAGGGCCAAACAGUCACGCUUUUGUGUCCUCCACCACCAGAAAGAUUUCACCCAUCGGGCCUAUCAAAUUUCCAAGCGAUAGAAGAGCCUAUCAUCAAGAUAGGGUCUGAACAGAAUGCACAAUGUCGAAUAAUGAUGGUGCAUCCGACGGUAGAAGGAGCUGCGGACUUCUCGUACGAAGUUUGGCCGAACGAUAACAGCUUCAUGUGGGUUGACCGAUUUGGUAUGCAGCCUGGCGCAGUAAAAUGGAGGAAAACAAAGCGAAACGAUGGCAUGCCACAUUCCCAGAAUUACGAGACGACAUCAAACCAGCCUAGUGGGCUGGCAGCCGAAUCAAGGCUAUUGAAGGAUAAACAGGUGAUCUUCGUUGAUCUACUUGCCCCUAUUCUAAACAUCCUCAUCAUAUUAUGCGCCCUGAAAGUUAUUCCCAUUUUGAUUUUGGGAAUCUUGAUCUGCCGGCUCUUAUGUGAUCUGCACUUGGAUAACCAGAUAAUACGUGAAAAUUCAUCUUGCACAGCCAAUCUGCAGUCUCAUCGAAAGCUGUCGAUUUGGAGCUGUGAGUUGAAAUUUCUGGGUUUGAUUCUCCUGGAGAUUGAAGACGCUGAAGACCGAAGGUCAUACUGGGAUCAGGCCGCUGACCUACCCAAAGUAGUGGAUGCGCUCAGGCAUGCUUGUGCCAGAUCUGAUGGAAUCCUCCAGAAGGCAUUAAGCAAACGAAGUUUGCGUUAUUUUUCCGAGUCGCUCAAGAAAGUGAGGCAGGUUUGCAGCGCUAAGGAUCAUUGUCGCCAGUACGACAAACUGCAAAUGAUGGCACUCCGAGAAGUCAAAAUUGAGCUCAGCAGCCAGCUCCAAUCAGUCAUCUGGAUAUUAGCUUCAAAGGUCGAUAAGAAUCAGGUAUGA